AGGCACCAGAGCCUGCAAAUUACUCCACAUCUCCUCUCAAGCACUGAAGCGCAGCUCCUCUUUCACACUCUCCCCCGCCUCACUUCACCGAGGCGCACGGACGAAAAGCUGCUUGCUGGCUGCUGGGAGCGAGCCAUGGCUCCCCCGCUCCUCCUCGUCCUCUUCCUCCUCCUCCUCCCCGCCAUCGCCGCCGGCCACCAGCACCCCUCCUCCUACGGCUCCUCCGCGCUCUCCGAAUGGCGCAACGCCAAGUCCUCCUACUUCGCCGCCGACCCCGGCGACGCCAUCGGUGGCGCGUGCGGGUUCGGGGAUCUGGGGAAGCACGGGUACGGGAUGGCGACGGUGGGGCUGAGCACGGCGCUGUUCGAGCGCGGCGCCGCCUGCGGCGGCUGCUACGAGGUCAAGUGCGUGGAGGACCUCAAGUACUGCCUCCCCGGCACCUCCAUCGUCGUCACGGCCACCAACUUCUGCCCGCCCAACUACGGCUUCCCCGCCGACGCCGGCGGCGUCUGCAACCCGCCCAACCACCACUUCCUCCUGCCCAUCCAGGCGUUCGAGAAGAUUGCGCUCUGGAAGGCCGGCGUCAUGCCCAUCCAGUACCGCCGCGUCAAGUGCCUUCGCGAAGGCGGCGUGCGGUUCUCAGUCUCUGGGAAGAGCUUCUUCUUCACAGUCCUAAUCAGCAAUGUCGGUGGCGCUGGUGAUGUCAGAUCAGUGAAGAUCAAAGGAACAGACUCUGGCUGGCUCGACAUGGGCCGCAACUGGGGCCAGAUAUGGCACAUCAACUUAGAUCUAACAGGGCAGCCGGUAUCCUUUGAGCUCACCUCGAGUGAUGGCACGACGAUGACGAAUUUUAACGUCGUGCCCAAGGAUUGGGAGUUUGGCAAAACAUACACCGGCAAGCAGUUCCUUCUCUAGAAAAUUAUUGAUCGCGACUUACAAUUUCUCAAAGAAGAAAAAUCAUCCUAUGAGUUGGUUGUAGUACUGUAUAUCUUUCUGAGGAACAAGGUUAUUAUUAGGAAAGGAAUAUAAUCUCUACUGUACAUUCCUCUGAGGAACGAGCUGAUUAUUAGGACAAAUAUCAGUUUAGUGCAGAGCCUCAGAUAGUUGUUCUACAUACUACAUGCGCUUGUAAUUGUCGGAUGUACUAUUUUCAAAUCUGAUAGUUGCUCCAGAGGCUUGAUGUAUCAUUCUGAAAUGUUCUGAUAGCUGCCCCAGUGUAUCAUUAAGAAACAUUCUGAUAGCUGCUCACAUGCACGUUGUAUCAUUCAGGAAUAGAAGGCCAUAUUUGGCUUUUUGAUUUCA